UUAAGCUUUUAUAUGUUCCAGGCCGUCCCAUGGGGAUUUCACAAACUGUUGACGUAUAUUAAGGAGCAAUUCGACAAUCCGCCAAUAUUUGUGACCGAAAAUGGAUUUGGAGGGAGCAGAGGUCUUGAAGACAACGACCGAGUCACAUACUAUAGACUUUACUUAUCAGUUUUACUUGAUGCGAUUGAAAAUGGCUCUGACAUAAGAGGAUAUACUGCUUGGAGUCUUAUGGACAAUUUUGAGUGGAAUCAGGGAUACAGUAUUAGAUUUGGUUUGUAUGAAGUGGACUACACAUGCCCUAAUCACACACGCACACCAAGGAAAUCCGCCUAUGUGUACAAGGAGAUUGCACGCACACAUAAACUCGAUUUAGAAUUUGAACCAAAUACUAAAGUGCCUAUAUCAACAGCUUCGGAUAGGGAAGGUGAUCGAAUUUAAUAAAUUUAUUUCGGGUAUCAAGUAUAGCAGAAA